AGAUACCUGUAUAACUCUCGUGGUCGCCCCGUUUUCGAGUUGUACAAUAAUAAUAAUAAAGGAAAAAAUCGAAACGAAAAGAAGUAAAUUAUAAAUAAUGAGCUGCGAUAAAACGCGUGUACCUGUCUAGCUACUAUAUAUAUCUACAUACACAUGUACAUAAUAUGCUUAUUGCCUAUAUAUAAUUAUAAUUAUUUACCUAUAAAUAUUAUGUUUAUAUAACUAAGCUACGGCUAUAGAACGACUUGGGUCGUCGUCGAGGCAGCAGCUGCCCAGGGACUGAAAUACAAUAGUACCUCAGACCUCUACGGCUCUACCUACACACAUAUAUAACAUUAUAUAGGUACGACAUUUUGUAUCCACAACUUAAGGCAAUAGUCAUACGCACCCCUUCAAAUUCGAUCGCACGUGGAAUUUCAAUUAAUCCUUUGCACACGUUAUACUUCGAUCAUUGAGUGGUGCGGUAUUCUCUAUCCGAUCAGCGGGCAGGGAGGGUCGUCAGUCGCGCAUACCGUAUUUCAUAUUAUUUUCGUCGUCGGUCGAGUAUUCUCAUCUCCGUACGCGAUACGGUGGCGUGAGUUGGGAUAAUUUUUUGGGCCACAAACUCAGUACUCAGAGCUCGCGGAAAUCCGUGUGGGACUUUGGUACAAUGUAACACACGUCGCGUAUUAAUAUAAAUUUAUACCUAAAAGUUGUUCACGUAUGUUAUGCACUGCUCAACGGUUUAAUAUUUCCGGGGUCGAAGAAACACAUUAAAUACCAUAUAGUUUUACUCACUCCUAGCAUCGCGGUUUCGUCCUGAAGGCGAACGCGACGAUGUCGCCGAACGACGAUGAUGUCGUCCGGAGAUGGACCACGUUACGGCGGAACUUCUUGCCGAGAAUGUCGCCGGCGGCUGUGCAGUUGUCCGUCGGACGAGCGACGACCGUUGCGAAAUCGUCGUGCGUACUUAUCGACGAGUACACCAGCCACAGCACCGUUCACGGAAUGCGAUACAUAUCCAAAGCCAGUCUGUUGGAGAAAAUUUUUUGGAUUACAAUGUUAACGAUUUGUGGACUGUCAGCAUGUUAUAUUGGCAACCAGUUAUGGCUCAAGUUCCGUUCCAAACCUACACAACUGGCAGUUAAAGACACCCAUGUGCCUUUGUACGAGUUCCCAUUCCCUUCGAUUACCAUCUGUCCAGCAAUCAAGGUCAAAAAGACAGUAGGUCUUGAAUACUUUUCAAGGUACAUCAGUAUUGACAAUGAUACAGUGCGAACUGGAUUAUUGAAUAUAAUGAGCGCUUUAUCGACGAUGCAACAGCCGACUUAUUUUCGAAUGGCGGAGUACGUAGAUAAGGCCAAACACUUGUUGCCCUUGUUUAGAAAUAUAAACUUAACUGAUUUUAUGUUGACGACACUACCGACAUGUAAUGAACUAUUUGGCCGGUGCAAAUGGCACGGAGAAAUUAUAUCGUGUUGCGAAGCGUUCUCACUUCAGAGGACCGAGGAAGGAUUUUGUUAUUCGUUCAAUUCUCUGACUUCCGAAGCUGGAAAACAUUGCCCUCUUUCCGAAGUGUUAGAAAACGAAGGCAUCGUUGAAGAAGAUGACUAUAUGUAUCCUGGAUGUCAACUGAGGAGAAAUACCGCCGUAGGUACAGUCACGGGUCUAGAAGUAUUUUUGUACAAAACAAAUAUGUCCGAAUCAUUGGGCCUGGGACAGCGUGACAUAGACGGUGCUAGGAUCAUGAUCCACACGUCGUACCAGUUUCCAAACGCGGGAGAUGGUAUAUGGUUAAGGUCCGAACAGGGCCGACGACUGAAUAUCAUGAUUUCGCCGGUGAUAACGGUCACCAGCAGUCGGGUAAAAGAUCUAAGUGUGGCGACGCGGGGCUGCGUGUUUCCGGAUGAAAGGGAGUUGUACAUCUAUCACGUGUACACACAGAGUUCGUGUCUGAUCCAGUGCCGCAUGGAAUUUAUCUUGUACACGUGCGGUUGUCACAUGUAUUUUUUCAUAACACCCGAUGAUGGAAAACCAAUGUGUGGUAUAGCAGAUCUAGCUUGCAUAAAUCAUAAUACCCGUCAUAUUAGAAUGCUAACUCCACCCAAAGGUACUCCUGGUUUUGAGGCUCGACUCAUACGUGAUUCACUAGAUUGUUCACAGUGCAUACCUACUUGUUACGAGACAACGCAUGAAAUCGAGAUGGAGUCGUCUCCAGAUCAAAGAACGUCCGUUUGGAAACUGUUCAGCUAUUUGGACGUGGCGUAUGGAAACUUGGGUUCCAAAAAAUAUCAAAGGGACAUAACUUUUGCUUGGACAGAUCUUUUAGUGGCACUGGGCGGUGUCGCCAACUUGUUUUUGGGGUUCAGCAUAUUGAGUGUAGUUGAAUUCAUUUAUUGGACGCUGAAAAUAUGUGUCAUUACAUUCAUUAGACUAUGCAAAUAGCUAGUAUAGGUAUCCACCUUUAUAUUAUACUGUAUAAAUGCGUACCUAUCAUUAUAAUAAACGAAUUCAAACGUAUAUUACUUAACAUAUUGUGUAACGGCUGGUGUUUAUCUUUCAAUACAUCCUACCCUUAAUUAUAAUAUAUUGUAUACGUUCAACAUACCGUACAAUAUACACAACCAUGGCUGGUAAGUACCUACCUGCAGUUACUAGAAACCCGUCAGUCGUGUUUUGGAUCCAGCGCACAAACAUGAACCCCAAACCGGGACCAACGUUUUGGAAAAAAGAAUUCGCUUGGUCUUAUUCAACCGUCGAAAGACUGGCGAUAGCCAAGAGUAAACGGCUGGGCAAUAUUUUCAGAGAAUACGCUCGUUACUGUACCGUACACGGAGUCCAAUACAUUUUUAAAGAUAAUUCCAGUUUCAUUGAACGGUUUGAUAUUAUUUAAAAUCAUUUUAUAUCGUUUUGACGGUAAAACACACACGUAUCUCUAUCGGCACCAGGGUUGACUCAAG